CCGAGCGCAAUUGACACAUGUUGGGCUCGCGGUGAUCAAAAGAAUCACCCGUGUUGUUCCCGCAUCGUCUGUUGCGAAAGAGGUGACUUUUUAUGCAAAAUUUUAAUGGUCAUUUCGUUCGGUUCCUUUUCCUUUUAACCUGAACAAGCGAGCGGGAGGGUUCGUAUAGAGGCAAAGAAUCAAGGACAAACUCUGUAAAUGGUGGUAGAAAGGAGGGAAAGUCUUCUUUUCUGUAAUGCAAUCAAUUCAGCAACUAAUCACCACGGUAGUAAAAGAGAGAGAAAGAGAGAGAAACGGGACAUCUUUGGAAGUAUGGGGAGUGGUUCAAAGGGAAUCUUUUAACGUAUAUAAAGAAACACAAACGCAAAAGGCAAGCAUAAGAGAAUGUGUAAAGAAUUGUGAAAAAAACACUACUGGAAUCUAUUAUGAACCACACUCACUUAUCACACCCAGAACAGAACACCCAGAGAGACACUAUACAAACACACAAAUCCACAAGCAAACAUCAAACCAAUGGAAGUAGUUUAAUUUAUUUGCUAAAGAAACAAAAGAAAAACAAUUGAAUAGGACGAAAGAGAGAGAGAGAGAAAAUGAAAAAAACCUCGAGAAAAAUAGAAAGAGAGGGAAUGUGUGUGAGUGUGUACGAGAGAAUUAGUGGAUUCACAAACGAGGGAUAGCAGGAGACUACCGACCAACGUCACCAAACACAAGGGCGUUGGAGAAUGGUCUGUGUAGAACAUGUUGAAAGAGUAGCAUAAAAAAUUAAAUUAUAAUAAAGCUCUUUAGUGCCCCGGGGGUUAAUAAGGGCACAGCGGUUAAGGAACGUAAGCGCAGGCACAUAUGGGAACCGAAUGGUAUGGAAGAACCGGUGAAAGAGAGACUCGCGGGGCGUAGCAACGCAGCAAAGAUAAAGGAUAAAGUGAGGAGCAUGUAGCGUGCGUCGCUUCCGGUGUCCAUGCGAGAUCAUCCAUAUAUAUAUAUACAUGUAUGCCCGCUACACUCGCAAAAUGUUUGCGAAUCGGGAAACAAGGACGCAAGGUACUACGAACACAGUGCAGGUGAAGAAGAAGAAAAGACGAGAGGCAUUCGAAUGCAAUUUUUGGGUC